AUGUCCCGAUCGGAAAAGAGCAAGGGAGGUACCAGACCCAUCAAGCUCCCAGCAACUAUCUUCCAGCAAUGGCAUUCUAUCGUCGAAGCAAACAAUGACGCUCUCAAUGAAUGGCCUACCGUGAAGGACGCUCUUGUCAACUUGGUCAGUUCAGCCAAUGACUCUUGGGAACGACAGGCAGGAUACUUGAAGGAAACGAGUAGAGCCAUGAGCCGUUUGAAGAAGCAACCUAGUGCUCUCAUCAUGAACCAAGUCAUUGAGCCUAUCGUGUCAAGUGGUUACUUUUGCUGCACUGAAAAUCUCGCACGACGACAUUUCAUCCCUUUAUUGGAGACAUGCGCAAAGCAGGAUGGCAACAAUAAUGAAACGUUUAUUCGGUUGUACAAAGAGUAUAUUCAACUGGAUCGACAAAAUCGAGAACACACAAUGGCACAGUCGGCAUUGACCAUCACCGCCACCCUGGAAUUCGGUUAUGGAAGACGCGUCGUAUUGGAUCACUAUCGUGCAACAAUCGCAUUUUUAAUUGCCGGCUUGGAAAUGACAGACACCAAACUAACGGCCAUCAACGCUCCAACAUCCAACACGACACCAUCUUCAGCCAAUAACACACUUACAGUAUCCGAUUUGAUGUACGACAUCCAAUACACGAUCAAAACUAUCCACAUUCUAUUAUCACGAUUUGAUGACUACGGCAGGAAGUUGUUUGCAACAUUGGAUGAUACGCGCGAUGAAGACAUGAAGCUUAUUUCAACCUUGCUCAACAUUACGUUCAAUAUGGCGGCUGAAACAGAUGUUUACGUCAAAGAUUGCAGUCAAGGAGCAGGCAUGGCUGUGGGAGCUGUCAUCAACUUACUUCAGGAUCCAGUAUUUGCGCGUGAUUUGACGUUGGGAUGGUUCUUUACCCGAUCCGAUCAACAAUUGGAAGCGUGUACUCGCACAACACAAGCAUUGGAUGUUGCUCCUAAGGAGACAUUGAUUGGAGACAAUGGAUGGAAGAAUCGUUCAGUACCCAUGCUCUCCAUUGUACGUGGUCUUAUGUCUUGCUUGCGUCAGGAGAUUUUGUUGGCACCAUUCUCUUCAGAAUUAUCAUUUAUCGAAGUAUUAAAGAGUGGAGUACCAUUUCAAAAUCUAUUCGAGGUCCUAUUCUACAGCAUCAAUCUUUUCUGCUCACGCACCGACCUUGAAGCACCUAUCAAAGUGGUUGCUUUUGAUUCGAUGGUCAUGUGGCUCAGCUCAUGCAAAACCAUGAUGCGACUCUCUAUGAAUGACCAAGGGCAAUUGGAUCAGCAGAUGGUGACAAGUGCUUCAGCUAUCUUGAAUGAGAACAAUACCGAUCAAUUGAUUCAUUACGUUUGGGACCAUUGGGAUGAUCCUAUUGAUGCUAUUCAACAUAAGGUCAAGACAAUCUUUGAAACUACCCUUGAUAUUCUGGAAGUGAAGGCCCAAUAUGCCAAUACCCAAGAUGCGCACAAGGAAUAUUUACUGCGACUUUUGAAAAAUCUCAUGCGAAUGGAUGCCCAUCGAAAGGUGAAAUAUGCCCUUUUGAACAUUUUGGUACCCAAGGUUGGAUCGGACGCCAUUCUUGAUGCUGAGCCCGACUUCAUGUGGAAGUGCAUGCGUGCUAUGGAUAGUCUGGUUUUAUCACCCCAAAUCACAGGAUUGAUUCUUGCAUUUCUCUAUCGUCGCAUUGAAGAGACUAUGCCAGGCGUUAAGUUUAAGGGUCAAAACACAAGGUUACAGGAAAACGAAGAUACAAAGCCUGCCAUAUCAAAUUGGAUUGAAUUAUGGGCGCCAUCUGUGCUACGAGCUCUGACAUCAUCUUCAGAAGUGCUACGCAAAAACAACGGCAGCUUCGUAUUGCAACCACUGUUCAAGAUUUGCAAGGGAUCAUUCUGGUACCUUAUGGAGAGGCUUCAAUCGGAUGUUGAGGAUCCAGUCAUUGACCCCAAGUGGCGUUUACAUGCAUUUAUUGCCGUGUUGAAGGUGGGAAGAUCCUUGGAUAUUGUGGAUGGUGAUGCCUAUGUACUUGAUAAAUCAGUGACGGACCCACGCAAAAUCUCUGUGGAUACGCUCAACUUGGCUGUCUAUCACGCUGAUCCUCUCGUGCGACUUGAUGUGCUUGGUCUACUUUGUGAAUCGCGUAAGGGUACUUCAACGAUUACCAAGGUGGAGAUGGAUAUUCUACGCAAAUUUAUUCCUCUCAACAUGAAUUCAACAUCGCCCGAGUUUCGACAAAUGUUCUGCGCUUAUCUUUCUCGUCUCUUUUUGCGUAUGCGAGGUAAUUUGUAUGCGCAGUUCCGCAACUACAAGGCGAGCAAGGCGUACGUGGCCAAAAUGGGGCAGGAUGAUAAUCAAGACAAAGUGCAAAAGGCUGAGCUUGAAGCGAUGGAAAUGCGAUCCAACAUUGAGCAUGGCAAAUCAUUCUUGUAUUGGCUCCAAGAUCUUAUUUGCACAUCAUUGUAUCCUGGUGCAUCCUAUCAACGCGUAGCUACGGCAUUACGUCUUCUCAACAUCAUGAUCAGCACUUUUGGUGUCACCGAGCUGCCAAUGCCUGAUGGUUUUGCUACACGACCUGAAUUUCCUUUCCAGAUCCCUAUUGGUACACCACGCAUGACAAAGGUCCUUAUCGACACACUCAUGAAUCCAUACGACUUUAAUCGUGUCCAAGCACUUGAGAUCCUUCAUCAAUUUCCCAAUCCCCUUCCAGGUGUUGAAUCAUGGCAAGAAGCUCAGCAUCUCUUGUGGUGGGGUUUAGACAAUGUCACGAGCACACGUGCCGGCGAAAGUGAUAGUGGUGCAAUGGUUUUCCGUUUGAUCUUCAACAAGUAUGUCAUGCAACUUGGAUACGAUCUAUAUCCCGAACGCAACAGCCGAACACAAAAAGAUACUGCACCCGAGUUAGCACCAGUCGUGUUCACCGAAAGAUUACUUGACUUGCUGGUGAAGCAGGUGGAAGCAGCAAAGGAAAAUUUGCUUGUUGCAGCACAACAACAUCCGAUGCAUGGAACAUUAUUGGCUUUGCAGUAUGUUUUCCGAGAAUUGGAUUACCGUAAACCUGCAGUGGUUGGCAAAUUUGAUGAGUGGAAACAAGUUCAUGCACGUGCUCUGAAGAUGAUUCAUGCCGUUUGCGAUGCUGUCAUGGAUGUUUUAUCAAACCCAUCCCCAGAGGGCAACGUGCCAUCAUCCUUCCGUGAAAUGGAGGAGGCUAUUGAUGAUCUUAUCGAUGAUGAGGAUGACGGUGGAGAAGGAACGGGACCAAAGCAUCAAGUUAUCUUGAGCUGCUGUUGGCGUGCUGUCAAGGAAGCAAGCUCCUUGCUCGAAGUCAUCAUCUCCAGAGCACCAAUGUCUGAUGAUGGAAGUGCUAUCAUUACAUCCACAGACAUGAAGGAAAGUGGCGUCCUUUUACGAUCCUUAUUGACAACAAUCCGCCAUCGUGGUGCCUUUUCAGCCGUGUUCCCUGCCUAUGUCUCUUUGAAUACUAGAUUGCUUGAUUCAAAUGACCGUGCUAUCACUCAACAGCCAUCCGUUUGGCUUGAGGAAAAUCUCGAUAGUCUUACAGCAAGCAAUAUCUCCAUCACACGACGCAGCGCAGGCCUGCCAUUGUGCAUCCUUGCUAUCGUGAGCAGCGAGCGCUCCACCAAAAAGACUUUACUCAACAAGACGAUGCAACGAUUAUUCAAGCUCGCCUUCCAAGAACCACCAGCUGAUGCUGAUCAACGAAUUGAUCUCCCCCAAGUUCACGCAUACAAUAUUCUGCGCACUAUGUUUAUGGAUGCCAAAGUUGCUCAAAGUGUCUUGAUUUACGCUGCUGAUGGUUUUUGCCUUGCUAUCAAUGGGUUCUCUUCAUCAAGCUGGGCUAUUCGUAAUUGUGCCGUCAUGCUCUUUUCAACACUUUUACAACGCACUUUUGGAACCAAAAAGACGAAGGAUGAACAUAGCAAUGUGAACAAGUUGACUGGUCGAGAGUUCUUUACUCGUUAUCCACAAUUGCACGCCUAUUUACUCCAGGAGCUGAAUGCAGCCAUUGAACAGCUUUUGAACAACACAGCUGGUGCCAGUGUUCAUCCCGGAUUGUAUCCUAUCUUAACCUUAUUGUCGCGUUUGCACCCUUCAGUGAUGGAUGGCUCCGAUCAGGUGACGGCCAUGUCAGCUUUUGUUCCCUUGGUGAUGACUUGCGCUGUCAGCUCCAUUUACAAGACACGAGAAAUGGCAGCCCGUGCAUUGGUACCCUUGAUCCCAUCGAAUGAUUUGGUGGAGAGGAUUUUGGAGUUGUUGGAUAUGCCUCAAGAGACGUGUCAAAAUGAGAUCCAUGGUCGUUUGCUUCAAGUGCAAUUCCUUUUGCGUGGUCAUGUUUACCAUCCCAGUCUUAAGGACAUUCUUAUCGAUCUUAUCAAACGAGUACCUGCUGCCAUUGUCAUUCUAUUGGAACGUUCAAAGUCGAUGAAUCGAGUGGCAUACGCAUUGCUACUUGAUAUUUGCAACGAAUUCUUCUUUGAGUGCGAUUGGAUACGAGCUGAUCGUGAGCCUGCAUUUAUUCAAGAAUUGGAAAGUGUUGCCAAGACAGAGCUUCAGACUUUGCGUACGACAUUGAUCGAUCAAUCUAUGGAGCAAAUACGUGAACCACGUGGACCAUCAACAUUGAUUGGCAACUAUUUGGCACGACAAUCAAUGGCACGCAUCAUUGUCAUUAGUGCAUUGAAGCAUUAUCGUGGCUCGCUCAAGGUGUCUGAUACUUUGUUCCUUUUGGAUGAUCCCGAUUAUGAAGUGAGAUUGAUGGCCAUGAACUUGCUGGAACAACAUUUGGAUCGUGAAAGGGAAAAAGAAGGUGUUGUGGCCCUAUACCGACGAUUGUUGAUCAAGACCUUCGAAGGCGAAGACAAUUUGAAUUGCUUUGUGCUAGCUGCCCGCUCUUUGUUGUCCUUGAAGCAAUCAGAAUCAUUCCAAGAACUUGGUUUGGAGUUCUCUUAUGCAGAAUACUGGAAUAGACUCCUGGAACAAUUCGAGAAUAGUCGAUCCCAAUCGGUGACAGAGGUGGUACUUCCAUUGCUUGGAUCACUACUUUCAAAGAUCUUGGAACAAGAGAAUCUCGAUAGCCAAUGGAUCGCCAGCUGCAUCACUGUAUGGAGCCGUUAUGUUGUGGAUAACUCUCAUAAGGAAGUUACACUGCCACUACGUGAAGCUGCCGUCGAAUCGAUUGGUUUCAUGGCCAAGUACUUGUUUAAUCGUGUUCAAGCAUCACCCAUGGUCCAUGUACAGCUGGCUAUCACCCAAUUACUACAGGAUGAUGAUAUCGAUAUCCGAGAGAUCACGGCAACCAUCGUUUCGGAAGCACUCGCCCAAGUGGCACCUGUGUCUCCUGAAAGGGCAAUUGAGUUGGUAUAUACCUACUUGAGUACGUCCAACGAGUAUCGUGACGAGAUCCAAUCAAUGCUGUUGAAGCACCUGCAAGGCGAACAAGAUUUACCAACCACAUGUAAGGAGGAGUUAUCCCUUGUCAAGGCACUUUUCGCAAAAGAAAACCCCAACAUUUACAAGGAAGAUAUUAUUGACGUUCAAUGGACGUUUGUGGAUCUUGAUCGCUUUACGUUGGCAAGAGCUGGCAUUGAGCUUCCAGUAAGCUUUAUUACCAAGACUUUGGAGGAUAUUCAUUACUUGUGCACUUUGCUUAAGGAUAAGUCUCUGGAGCUAAUGACCCGUGGCCCGUAUGGUGUCUCAUCGAAGCCUGCAAUCUUCCUUGCUGCAUAUCGUGCCCUUCUUACAGCCACACUUGCAUUUGAUGUUAUACCGGAGGAAGAGAAAGAGCAAGGUGGAAUUCUCAAGUUGGUCCAAGCACUGGAUGUGGAGGUCAAAGAAUUGGUGGAAGAGAGCAUGCAUCCAUUAUUAUGGCAGUUGAUUCACGGUGAAACUGGAUUAGCAUCCAAGAUUGACUACUACUUGCGACAACAUGGUCAACCCCGGCACCGCGCUAUGUUCCUUCUCUCCCCCGAUUCCCAAUAG